UGACAGAUGACAGCUCGCUGAAAGUACACAGGCAUGAAGGAGAGUGCAGCACUGGGGCACAGGGAUCACACACCAUGGCUUCACUGUCCAGCGCCGAGAGAAGGGCAUUCGCUCUUAAACUCAACAGGUAUUCUUCAGCAGAAAUAAGGAAACAUGUCACCCUUCAUGGUACCUCUGGGUUUUUACAUCAGCGUAGUCUGAGUACAACAAAUUCACCUUCCUUGCAGCUACCUCCAGAGUACGACGCAGUUGACCCGAUAGAUUUUGAGAAUUUUCUGAUGUCACAUAUCAACAGCCAAAAUCAUGAACUUCUUCAAGAGCUUGGAGACUUCCCCGAAGAUGAUCUGGAUCUUGUAUAUAAACCCAAAGAGUGUAGAACACUGCAGCCUUCACUGCCAGAAGAAGGGGCUGACCUGGAUCUACAUGUCAGGGACUGUAUUCAGAUAUAUUUACGGGACUGGCUAAUAGUCAACAGAAAGAAUCAGGAAAACUCAGGUACAAGCAACUUUAGCAGAAGUGGCUCUAGGAAGGACUUCCAAAAAACACUCCAAAAGCAAAUAUUUGAGUCUGAUGAAACAGAGGCCAGGCUAAAUGAACAGGCUGAUGGAGGUCUUACUGCUGGCUUGUCUACUGAAUCUGGAAGUACACUCACAUCUUGUGACUUCGAUCUGCGUGGCCUAAAUCCAGAAAGUCGUUUAAAGAACCUCCUUCAGCUUUCAAAUGUUGAAGACUUGGAGAGGCAAAGUGAAGAAGCUCGCCGGGCUAAUAGACAAGCAGACCUUUUUGCACUAAGCCCGCCUGUGGAUGAGGACGACACUGUUGAAAUCCGCCCUUUACCAGAUUGUCCCAAGGAGCACAUGGGAUACAGAAUAAUGGUCAAGCUGCAUACUCUGAAAUUGGAUAUUGACAUUGAACCGCUCUUUGUAAGCAUUGCACUAUACGACUGUAAAGAACGAAAAAAGAUCUCAGAGAGUUUUCACUGUGACUUGAAUUCAGAUGCAUUCAAGAUCUACCUCCGUGCUCACACACCUACUGUGGCUCCUUCAAGCCAAGCAAGAACUGCACUCUUCUCUAUUACUUACCCGUCUCAAGAUAUAUUCCUAGUAGUUAAGGUUGAAAAGGUUCUUCAGCAGGGAGAAAUCUCAGAAUGCUCAGAACCAUACAUGGUUUUAAAAGAAAGUGAUGGUGGAAAAACUAAAGAAAAAAUUGACAAACUUAAAACGCAGGCUGAAAACUUUUGUCAACGCUUGGGAAGAUAUCGGAUGCCAUUUGCUUGGAUACCAAUCAGUCUACUAAGUUGCAUUAAUGUCAUGACGCUGGAAAAAGAAGCCCCUGAAACCGAAAGCAUAAAUGGCAAGGCAGUCGGUGACAGAAGAUCCUCACUGGGUCCAACAAGAAGACUUUCUGAGAGGUGUAAUUUAGUUGAUGAAGGCUCAACGUCACCAUUUAAGCCAACAACAAUUACACAAAACAUUUUCUUCAGGCAGGAAGGAGAUAAACUGAGUGAUGAAGACUUAUUCAAGCAUCUAGCAGAUUACAAGAGAUCUCUGCAGAGGAGAACAAAAUGUAUCCCAGGGCUUCUAAAACUUGAAAUUUCCCCUGUGUGUGAUGGGAUGAGUGGUUGUCUUACUCCUGAGCUGCUUCCAGUGAAACCCUUUUUAGAAAGUCGAAGUCGUGUAAUUAAAGAGAUUCUGGAGUUUCCAAUGAAGGAAGUUUACGCUCCGCACACCACCUACAGGAACUUGCUCUAUGUCUAUCCGCAGAGACUGAAUUUUGCAAAUCGCCUUUCGUCUGCAAGAAACAUUACUAUCAAAAUACAGUUCAUGUGUGGGGAAGAUACUAAGUGCUCUCUCCCGGUCAUUUUUGGAAAAUCCAAUGGCUCAGAAUUCUUGGAAGAGGUGUACACAGCAGUUACCUAUCAUAAUAAGGCCCCUGAUUUCUAUGAAGAAGUCAAAAUUAGACUACCAGCAAAACUUACAGAAAAACAUCACCUGCUGUUCACAUUUUAUCAUAUCAGCUGUCAGCAGAAAGCUGGCAAUUCAGUGGAAUCUGUCCUGGCGUAUUCUUGGCUGCCAAUUUUGCUAAAUGACCGACUUCAGACUGGACAUUACUGCCUCCCAGUGGCCACCGAAAAGCUGCCGGCAAACUACUCUAUGCAUUCUCCAGAGAAAUUACCAGCACAACCCACACCUAUAAAGUGGGUGGAAGGACACAAGGGAGUUUUUAAUCUGGAAGUGCAAGCAGUUUCUUCUGUACACACUCAGGAUAAUCAUCUGGAGAAAUUUUUAACUCUCUGCCAUGCACUGGAAGGUCCAGUAACAUUUCCAAUCCGAGUCCUGGACCAAAAGAUUAAUGAGAACUCCUUGGAGCAUGAACUCAAACUCAGCAUCAUUCAAUUAAGUUCUUCCAGACUGGAACCAUUGGUCUUAUUUCUUCAUCUUGUCUUGGACAAACUUUUCCAUCUUACUGUGCAACCCAUGGUGAUUGGGGGGCAGACUGCAACCUUUUCUCAAUUUACCUUUGAAUCUGUGGUUUCCAUUGUGAGUAGCCUUCACAAUAGUAAAGAUCUCAGCAAGGAUCAGCAUGGAAGAAACUGUUUGUUGGCGUCCUAUGUGUAUUAUGUGUUUCGUCUUCCAGAUGUCCUAAAGGACAUGUACAUAGCAGGUAUAAGCACUUCCCUGAUUGACCACUCAGACACGCGCUACAACACGGUUGGCCGUACCACAGCUUCUGCUGUAGGAUCUAAAUUAUUACAGUCUCGAACAAUGAGCUCAAGCAACCCAGAUAUUGCAGGAAUGCAAAGUGCUGAUGAAGAAGUUAAAAACAUUAUGUCCUCCAAGGUGAGCCAUCGUACCUGCAAUCGCAUGUCUUACUUUGUUGAAUCCAGUAAUGACUUGCAGUCAGUUGUUUCCAGCACAAGACCAUGCAGCAAAAAGCACUUUCAUGAGGAACUGGCUCUGCAGAUGGUAGUUAGCACUAACAUGGUGAGGGAAAAUGUCUUCAAGUAUGCAUGGUUCUUCUUUGAGCUCUUGGUGAAGAGCAUGGCUCAAUACAUCCACAAUGUGGACAAGCAGGAGGUGCCGAGAAGAAGCCGUUUCUCAAAUCGUUUUAAAGAUGACAUAAGCACUAUAGUGAAUGUAGUUGCUUCUGAAAUAGGAGCUCUUCUCAACAAACCACAGAAAGAAGUCGAACAAGCAGAAAAAGUGAACAUAAGUCUGGCAUUUUUCUUAUAUGAUUUACUAUCCUUGAUGGAUCGAGGUUUUGUUUUUAAUCUCAUCAAACAUUACUGCAAUCAGUUGACAGCCAAGCUGAAUUCUUUCCCAACCCUGAGUUCUAUGCGACUUGAAUUUCUACGGAUUCUCUGCAGCCAUGAGCAGUAUCUCAACCUGAACCUUUUCUUUGUUACAUCAUCAUCUACACCAGCCUCUCCAUGUCCUUCUAUUUCAUCCGAGAACUCUAGUUCCUGCUCUAGUUUCCAGGACCAAAGGAUUGCAAGUAUGUUUGAGCUUUCAUCUGAAUACAAGCAGAAGCAUUUUCUAACUGGACUCCUUUUCACAGAACUGGAAGCUGUACUGGACCAGGAGGCAGACGGAAUCAGUAAAGUGCAAAGGAAAGCUAUCAAUGCUGUCAACCAUCUGUUAAGCUCACAUGAUUUGGACUCACGCUGCCAGAAGAUUGAGAUCAGAAACAAAAUUGCUGCCCUCUAUCUCCCACUGGUCAGCACUAUUUUGAUGGCCCUCCCUCAGCUACAUGAUUUUUCAGUUCUAGAUACACGGAGUGGAAAGACACGUAAUACAGAAGAAGAAACAGAUACUCCGAGCACGAUAAACCCAAGUGUUGCAAUGGCUGUAGCCGGAAAUCAGUUUGGCCUUAAACCACCCCCUCUAGCUCUUUCAUCAGUUCCUCUUAAGAUGUACUCCACAUUGAGUCCAGAAUCUACACGGAACCUACUUACCUGCUUUCUAUGGAUCAUGAAGAAUGCAGAACAGAGUGUCAUCCAAAAGUGGCUUGCCUACUUAACAGCUUUGCAGCUGAACAGGAUACUGGAUCUACUGUAUAUGUGUGUUUCCUGCUUUGAGUACAAGGGAAAGCAGUCACCUGACAAAGUGAGCACUUUAGUGCUUCAGAAGUCCAGGGAUGUAAAAGCUCGCUUGGAAGAAGCAUUGCUACGUGGAGAAGGAGCUAGGGGAGAAAUGAUGAGACGCUGGAAAACAGCGGGGAAUGACAAAUUUGCUGGCCUUAAUGAGAACCUGCGGUGGAGGAAAGAGCAGACACACUGGCGCCAAGCUAACGAGAGACUAAAUAUGGCAAAGGCUGAAAUAGACCAGGAGGCCAUUAUGUGUGGAAACUUGGCUACUGAAGCCAACUUGAUUAUUCUGGAUGUGGUAGAAACCAUAUUACAGGUCAGCUUAUCUGCAGACUGCAAGGAUAAUCAACUUGGAGGAGCCCUUAAAGUACUUGUGCACUCUCUGAGCACUAAUCAGAGCAACACCUACCUGGCCCACUGCUUUUCAUCCAUCCGGCUGCUUAUCGUCAAGGCUGGGGACUUCCUGUUUGAAGAAGAAGUGGAGCAAUGUGCUGAUCUCUGCCAAAAGGUCUUACAUCAUUGCAGCAGUGCUUUGGAAAGCACAAGGAGCCAAGCGUGUUCCACCCUUUACCUGAUCAUGAGAUACAGCUUCAGUAGUACCAGUAACUUUGCCCGAGUGAAAAUGCAAGUUACCAUGUCAUUAGCCUCACUGGUUGGGAAGUCACAGGAUUUUAAUGAAGAGUAUCUUCGCAAGUCACUGAGGAGCAUUCUGGCAUAUGCCGAGGAAGAUGAAGAUAUGCAAACCACUUUAUUUCCUGCACAGGUAAAUGAGCUCUUGAACAACCUGAACAGUAUUCUUUCAGACACAGUGAAAAUGAGAGCAUUCCAAAAAGAUCCAGAGAUGUUAAUGGACUUGAUGUACAGAAUUGCUAAAGGUUACCAGACAUCACCAGAUCUGAGGCUCACCUGGCUGCAGAACAUGGCAGAGAAGCACGUAAAACGGAAAUGUUACACGGAAGCAGCCAUGUGUCUUGUCCAUGCUGCGGCACUCGUAGCAGAAUAUUUGAGCAUACUGGAGGAUUGUAGCUACCUUCCGGUUGGCAGUGUUAGCUUUCAGAACAUUUCUUCUAAUGUGAUAGAAGAAUCAGCAGUGUCUGAUGACAUUCUGACCCCAGAUGAAGACGGAGUGUGCUCUGGAAGAUACUUCUCAGAAACCGGACUGGUUGGGCUCUUAGAACAGGCUGCAGAACUCUUUAAUCAAGCAGGAUUUUAUGAAACGGUGAAUGAAGUCUAUAAGAUUGUCAUCCCUGUUCUUGAAGCUCACCGAGACUUCCGUAAGCUUGCAUCGACUCAUGAGAAACUGCAGAAGGCCUUUGAUCGCAUAAUACACAAGGGUCAGAAAAGGAUGUUUGGAACUUACUUCCGUGUUGGAUUUUAUGGGGCAAGAUUUGGAGAUCUAGAUGAACAAGAAUUUAUUUAUAAAGAACCAACAAUCACUAAGCUUCCUGAGAUUUCCCAUAGAUUAGAGGCGUUUUAUGGGAAUUGUUUUGGGGAAGAUGCAGUAGAAGUGAUUAAAGAUUCAACCCCAGUGGACAAAUCAAAGCUGGAUCCAAACAAGGCCUACAUCCAGAUUACAUUUGUGGAACCAUACUUUGAGGAGUAUGAGAUGAAAUACAGGAUGACCUAUUUUGAGAAGAACUAUAACCUGCGCAGAUUCAUGUACACCACACCAUUCACUCUAGAUGGACGCCCGCGUGGAGAACUAAAUGAGCAGUAUAAGAGGAAAACUAUCUUGACAACAAUGCAUGCGUUUCCAUAUAUAAAGACCCGCAUUAAUGUCAUCCAAAAAGAGGAGUUUACCUUGACUCCAAUUGAAGUUGCCAUAGAAGAUAUGCAGAAGAAAACUCUUGAACUGGCUGUUGCUACCAGCCAGGAGCCACCAGAUGCAAAGAUGCUUCAGAUGGUGUUGCAGGGUUCAGUGGGAGCCACAGUAAAUCAGGGACCACUAGAGGUAGCUCAAGUGUUUCUGGCUGACAUUCCUGCUGAUCCUAAGCUGUAUCGACAUCACAACAAGCUGAGGUUGUGCUUCAAAGAAUUCAUUAUGAGGUGUGGAGAGGCAGUAGAAAAAAACAAAAGACUUAUUACAUUUGAUCAGAAAGAAUAUCAGCAAGAACUGAAGAAGAAUUAUCACAAACUAAAAGAGAAUCUCCGGCCCAUGAUUGAACGCAAGAUUCCGGAGCUGUACAAAAUAGUGAUAAAGACACCUAGUGACACAAGGGGACUUUUCCACAAGUCCAGCUUCAGGAAAUAUGAUGCACAGAUCUCUCAAAGCAGCUGUUAAACUUCUGGAACCAUGGAGCUAAAUGAGCAAAGACCACAGGUGUACGAAGAUCAUACAUUGAUGUUAAUAAUAUCUUUUAUCUCCAGUAAGGACUGAAAAAUAAU